AAACAUAUAUAACAAGAGAGAUAUUCUAAGCUUGUAGGAGCUGAUAAAACCUUGUUCUUCAAUGGCCCUGAAGUCCUCUGAAGUGUCAAGUAUUUUUGGAAUUCUAAGAGAAGCUUUCAGAAUCUAUCACAAAAAUGGGAAGCUCAUGAUCUUCAUCACUGUUCUCAUCCAAUUAACUUUCUCCUUCUUGGCGUUGGCAAACAUCUAUGCUCUCCAACCAUUUAUAUCUGGUUUAUUCACCAAGGUACUUCAGUUGCGGCACAGGGACACAAGAAGCUUCAAACACUUUGAGUCUUCACUUAGGGUAGAAAAAGAGAUCAUUCUAAUCACUGCAGUAGAAUUGAUCUUCUUGAUUGCCUACUCAACUGCCUUACUAUGUUCUGUGGUAGCAACUACAUAUCUUGCAGCUUCCUCUUACCGUAAAAAGGAUUUCAAUUUCAAAGAAUUAUUUUGGAAGAUCCAAAGAACCUGUGCAAAGCCUAUGAUCAGUUGGUUCUUUGUUGCACAAUUGGGUGUGGGUUAUACUGUACAAGUCCUUGCUUUGCUUUCUAUCUUUCUUGUUCUUACCAAUGGUUCUCUUGUGUUUGCCCUUUUGGGUUUUGCCCUAAUUUUCUUAUCCCUUUUCUUUAAUCUUUAUGUCGCCGGAGUUUGGAUGAUUGGUCUUGUGAAUUCGGUACUGGAGAAUAUCUAUGAAGUACCGACAAAAGGAGAAGAGGAUGACCUCAUUGGAGGAAGGAUGGUAAGAGGGUCUGCAAUCAACCUUUUCUUCAUGCUAAUCACUAUAAUCAUAUUUCUUUGUUCUAAGCUAAGAGGGUCGUCAAAGGAGAUAUUAGCCCCUGGAUUAGUUACAGUUUUGGUAGUGGUAAAUAUGAUUUGUCUGGUGAAGAUUUUCAGUUUUACAGCGUACACUGUGUUCUACUUCCGGUGUAAGAAGAUUUAUGGAGAUGAAGAAGUGGGAGUGAAGACAGGCAACUGUAAGGUUCUCAAUGGCUCUUCAUGUUAGUGAAGCUUCUUUACCUUGAUUACAAUCUCAGAUUUUUUCUUUUAUCUUUUU